GUCAUUCAUCAUUUGCGGAGGCGGACUUUCUUCUCUCUCUUCUGCAUUCCCUCCGACGAAGAAUCAAACCGGCGGUGUAAUCCGGAGGAAUUAGGGUUUCUUCUUUGAUUUCUUUGACAGAUCCAAUCGCGAAUUCACGGUUUUCGUUUUGCUGAAUUUGCAGAGUCGUAGAUCUCGAUCGCCACGGCCUUUUUUCCGAUCCAAUCCGGUAUCCGCCGAUUUGACGCGCAUUUUUGAGAAAUUACUUUCAUGUUCUGUUCUGGAUUCGAAUUUUCCCCUCCUUUGUGGACAUUUAGAUCGUGAAAUUGGCUCCGCAAAGGCGAUCUCAGCGCCACGUGGGUGGCCAGAUGCAGCAGAGCAAUGCUGCAGCGACCGCGCUCUAUGAUCACGCCGGUGGCGGGUCCCUGCAUAAUGCAGGUCCUUCAAGCGACGCUGGUGAUGCUGUAAUGGCACGGUGGCUGCAGUCUGCAGGUUUGCAGCAUCUGGCCUCCCCUUUGGCUUCCACAGGCAUUGAUCAUCGCCUCCUUCCCAAUCUGCUCAUGCGGGAUUAUGGAGCUCAAUCUGCUGAAGAGAAGCAGAGGCUGUUCAAAUUGAUGAGGAACCUCAAUUUUAAUGGGGAAUCUGGAUCUGAGCCAUUCACCCCAACUGCCCAAAGUUCUGGAGGGGCAGCUACAUCUGAUGGGUUAUAUUCUCCAGAGUUUAGGGGAGAUUUUGGGGCUGGGCUGUUAGAUCUUCAUGCCAUGGAUGAUACAGAGCUUUUGUCUGAGCAUGUUAUCUCAGAGCCCUUUGAACCAUCACCUUUCAUGCCUGGCAUUAGGAAGGAAGAUAUUGAAUUUAGCAUGACAACUGGUCUCCAGCAAAAAGAGCUAAAUGAUGCAGAUUCCUCUGUUCCAUUGUUCUCUACCACUGAAAAGGACAACAGCACAAGAGAAAACAAUGUAGCAAAGAUUAAAGUUGUGGUACGUAAAAGACCCUUAAACAAGAAGGAGCUUGCCCGGAAGGAGGAUGAUAUUGUAACAGUCUCUGACAAUUCGUUAACUGUUCAUGAACCCAAGCUGAAGGUGGACUUGACAGCAUAUGUCGAGAAGCAUGAGUUCUGCUUUGAUGCUGUCCUGGAUGAGCAUGUUACUAAUGAUGAGGUAUAUCGAGUUACUGUGGAGCCAAUUAUUCCCACCAUUUUUCAGCGAACAAAAGCCACAUGUUUUGCUUAUGGUCAAACAGGUAGUGGGAAGACAUUCACAAUGCAGCCCUUACCUCUCAGGGCUGUUGAAGACCUUCUUAGAUUGUUGCAUCAACCAGUAUAUCGUAAUCAGAGAUUUAAAUUGUGGCUUAGCUUUUUUGAAAUAUAUGGUGGAAAACUCUUUGACCUUCUCAGUGAUAGAAAGAAACUUUGUAUGAGAGAAGAUGGGAGACAACAAGUUUGCAUUGUUGGGUUGCAAGAAUUUGAAGUUUCAGAUGUACAGAUUGUCAAGGAAUAUAUUGAGAGGGGCAAUGCAGCUAGAAGUACAGGAUCUACUGGUGCAAAUGAGGAAUCUUCCAGGUCACAUGCUAUUUUACAACUUGCUGUCAAGAAGCACCCUGAGAUAAAAGACUCCAAGAGGAAUAAUGAUGGUAAUGAGUCCAAGGGAGGGAAAGUUGUGGGAAAGAUUUCUUUUAUUGAUCUUGCUGGGAGUGAAAGAGGUGCAGAUACUACUGAUAAUGACCGGCAGACUAGGAUUGAGGGUGCAGAAAUAAAUAAGAGCCUUUUAGCUCUUAAGGAGUGCAUUCGUGCUCUGGACAAUGAUCAGAUCCACAUACCAUUUCGGGGGAGCAAACUCACAGAAGUGCUUCGUGACUCCUUUGUUGGGAACUCAAAGACAGUUAUGAUCUCUUGCAUUUCUCCCAAUGCAGGUUCAUGUGAACACACACUUAAUACGCUUAGAUAUGCUGAUAGGGUCAAAAGUCUAUCUAAAAGUGGGAAUGUUAAAAAGGAUCAAGUUGUAAGUAUGUUGCCACCAAGUAAUAGGGAUGCUUUGGCAGCAUCUUCUUUGCCAGCUUCAGGCAAUAUAGAUGAUGUCUCUGAGCAACAGCAAGAGGUGAAAGUAGGGGAUAUGGGCCGAAGGGUUGUGGAGAAAGAUUCUUUCUCUUACAAUCCCACAACAGAUGUUGACAAACAGUCAAAUUUUUCAUCAAGUUAUCCAUUCAGUGGGAGGGAGGAAGGUGGGGUAACUUCUGUCUCAACAGAUAAGGAGAGGUUUGAGACAAGCAAUAAUUCUUAUGGUGGCUCCACAAGUCAGAGAGUAUCCGCAUCCAAUUCUCAAAACUUGGUUGAUACAGAAGAGAAAGUGCAAAAGGUUUCACCACCUCGUAGAAAAGGAUCUAAGGAGGAAAAAUUGGAGAAGCCUGGGAAUUUGGGUAGAAGGGAUGGCAGAGGAUCCGAUUUAUCCACCACAAACUCUAGGCAGCAGAGUUCAGUCAGUAAUAACCAAAAUAAUGUUGGGUAUAGACAAUAUGAAGCUGAACCUCCUGAUGGGAACAUCAAUGAAUUACUUGAGGAAGAAGAGGCCUUAAUUGCAGCUCAUAGAAAAGAAAUUGAGGAUACCAUGGAGAUUGUUCGUGAAGAAAUGAAACUCUUGGCAGAAGUAGACCAACCAGGCAGCCUGAUCGACAACUACGUGACCCAGUUGAGUUUCGUGCUGUCUCGCAAGGCAGCAGGUUUGGUGAGUCUUCAAGCUCGCCUUGCCAGGUUUCAGCAUCGUCUGAAAGAGCAGGAGAUACUGAGUCGCAAGAGAGUUCAUCGUUAAGCCAUCUGUUUGUUUAUCUGCUUCAGUGACUGCUUCCAAUCCUGUUUAUGUAUCCAUUGCCUAUUUUCUAAAAAAAGAAAAAAAAAAAGAGGAGAAAAAAAAAAUCAUGUCUGUAAUUUCUUUUACUUGUGUAUAUUUUACUAUUGCAGUAUCUUAUUUUUAUUUUUGUUUUAGAAAUCUGGUGGUCAAUCACAUGUAAUUGAAUGCCGAAAUUGUUAAAAAUUAUCUUUAAGAAAUCUAAGCAAAAUUA